CCCACGUCGGGGCGCGGCGGGCGGCGGCGGCGGGAGCGCGUCCCGUCCGGGUCCCGAGGAGUCGCCGCCGCCGCCGCCGCCGCCGCCGCCGCUCGCCAACAUGGCGGACCUGGAGGCCGUGCUGGCCGAUGUCAGCUACCUGAUGGCGAUGGAGAAGAGCAAGGCGACCCCGGCCGCCCGCGCCAGCAAGAAGAUCGUGCUGCCCGAGCCCAGUAUCCGGAGUGUGAUGCAGAAGUACCUCCAGGAGAGAAAUGAAAUAACCUUUGACAAGAUUUUUAACCAGAAAAUUGGUUUCUUGCUAUUUAAAGAUUUUUGUUUGAAUGAAAUUAAUGAAGCUGUACCUCAGGUGAAGUUUUAUGAAGAGAUAAAAGAAUACGAGAAGCUUGAGAAUGAAGAAGACCGCCUUUUCAGGAGCCGGCAAAUUUAUGACAAGUACAUCAUGAAGGAGCUGCUGUCUUGUUCGCAUCCGUUCUCAAAGCAAGCUGUAGAACAUGUACAAAGUCACCUAUCCAAGAAACAAGUGACAUCCACUCUUUUCCAGCCCUACAUAGAAGAAAUUUGUGAAAGUCUUCGAGGCAACAUUUUCCAAAAAUUUAUGGAAAGUGACAAGUUCACCCGAUUUUGCCAGUGGAAAAACGUAGAAUUAAACAUCCAUUUGACCAUGAAUGAUUUCAGCGUACAUAGAAUCAUUGGACGAGGAGGAUUUGGUGAAGUGUAUGGUUGCAGGAAAGCAGACACUGGAAAAAUGUACGCAAUGAAAUGCCUGGAUAAGAAGAGGAUCAAGAUGAAACAAGGAGAAACAUUAGCCUUAAAUGAGAGGAUUAUGUUGUCUCUUGUGAGCACAGGGGACUGCCCUUUCAUUGUCUGUAUGACCUAUGCCUUCCAUACUCCAGAUAAACUAUGCUUCAUCUUGGAUCUGAUGAACGGGGGCGAUUUGCACUAUCACCUUUCCCAGCAUGGGGUAUUUUCUGAGAAGGAGAUGCGGUUUUAUGCCACCGAAAUCAUCCUGGGGCUGGAGCACAUGCACAAUCGGUUUGUUGUUUACAGAGAUUUGAAGCCUGCAAAUAUCCUGUUGGAUGAACACGGACACGUCAGGAUAUCCGAUCUCGGUCUUGCCUGUGACUUUUCCAAAAAGAAGCCACAUGCGAGUGUUGGCACCCAUGGGUACAUGGCUCCCGAGGUGCUGCAGAAGGGGACGGCGUAUGACAGCAGUGCUGACUGGUUCUCCCUGGGCUGCAUGCUUUUCAAACUUCUCAGAGGGCACAGCCCUUUUAGACAACACAAAACCAAAGAUAAACACGAGAUAGACCGGAUGACUCUCACCGUGAACGUCGAGCUCCCGGAGGCCUUCUCCCCUGAACUUCGGGCCCUCCUAGAAGGCCUGCUCCAGAGAGACGCUAGUAAGCGGCUUGGCUGCCGUGGAGGCGGGGCACAGGAAGUAAAGGAACACGGCUUUUUCAAAGGCAUCGACUGGCAGCAUGUCUACUUACAGAAGUACCCUCCACCCUUGAUUCCUCCCCGGGGAGAAGUCAACGCUGCCGACGCCUUUGACAUUGGCUCAUUUGAUGAAGACGACACCAAAGGCAUCAAGCUUCUUGAUUGCGACCAAGAUCUCUACAAGAACUUCCCCUUGGUGAUCUCCGAGCGCUGGCAGCUGGAAGUAGCAGAAACCGUUUAUGAAGCAGUAAAUGCAGACACGGAUAAAAUCGAGGCCAGGAAGAGAGCUAAAAAUAAGCAGCUUGGACACGAAGAAGAUUACGCUCUGGGAAAAGACUGCAUCAUGCAUGGCUACAUGCUAAAACUGGGGAACCCAUUCCUGACUCAGUGGCAGCGUCGCUAUUUUUACCUCUUUCCAAACAGACUUGAAUGGAGAGGAGAGGGAGAGUCCCGGCAAAAUUUACUGACGAUGGAACAGAUUCUGUCUGUGGAAGAAACUCAGAUUAAAGACAAGAAAUGCAUUUUGUUGAGGAUAAAAGGAGGGAAGCAAUUUGUCUUGCAAUGCGAGAGCGACCCCGAGUUUGUGCAGUGGAAGAAGGAGCUGACCGAAACGUUUACGGAGGCCCAGCGGCUGUUGAGACGCGCCCCCAAGUUCCUCAACAAGUCCCGCUCCAGCGUGGUUGAGCUGUCCAAGCCUCCCCUCUGUCACAGGAACAGCAAUGGCCUCUGACACCCAGGGCAGGAGGGUCCUGGGGAGACAGGGCCGCAAGGAAGCCCGUGCCGAGGGUUUUCAGCCCUUGAGAUGGAGCCUUUUGGAGAAGUCGGGGGGUCAGAGGUUCGGUCCCCGUGUCCCUAGGGCCCCUCCACGGCCGGGAGGACCCAGGACGCUGAAGUGCUCCCAGUAAGAGCUCUGACCGCUGUCGGCAUGGGGCCGGCCAACCCCCCCCUACACACCCCCCUCCCCCCGAGUGCCUCCCUCUGCAUCACAUCUGUCCACGCUCGAAACUACUGAAGAAACAAGCGAAAGUUCUUUUCCUUCGUCGCGUCCCGGUUUGGGUAUCUAUGAAUUCAGAACUUGGAAUGAUUCCUGCCCAUCCCUUCGAUCUGUACGUCUGACCGUCAGACACAUCUUGCGCUUGCCAGGACGGAGCGCAGCCCUCUGCCGCAUCGGGCACGGAUGGCCCGGGCGCUGCCUCGUUCCACGUGCCACUUUCCCCCGUGCCUGGUCCACAAGGCCGCAGGGCAGGACGUGGGCACACCCACCUCUCGUUGCCCGGGGCUGAAAGCCGAAGAUACUUGCCGAGAAGGCUGCACUUGGGCCCCCACCGUGUGUGCGGAACCACGGGUACCAGCCUGCCUCCGACAGGGAACAGAGGGAGUGUGCCCUCAGAGGACGUGGCCGUCGCACGUCACUGAGGGCGUUCUACAGCGGAUCCAUCCCACAGCGGAUCGUGGGAAGGCCUGGCGGGCUGUGAAGGCGAGGCCGUGGGGUUUUGGCUUCCGGGGCAACAGCGGUUUCUCAGACAUCUUCAAAUAAACACAUAGCACUUUCACAUGUCUGGGUGCACACGGCUGCUGGGGGGCGGGUCUGUCUAGGGUUCCGACAGUAAGCGAUUCCAGGACGCGCUCGUUCCGGUUCCUUCUGCCUGCCCUCAGGACACGUAUCCAUAACGGGUGUGUACAGGAAGGAAAGAAUCGCUCCGUUUCAUGUCGUAGCAUAACUUACAGUGAAUUCCAUUGACUAAAGGAUGCUGAAGAAUGAAUGUGUCCAGAUGGGCUAACCGCAUCUGUUGACUUUCCUGUCCACCUUGGCCUGUCGUUAGUGAGUAGUACUUUGCUCCCCCGGGUGGGUCGCCCCAUGCCCGACACAGCAGGGGAGCGGAAAGGCCCUUCCCCUGAUCCCAGAGGCAUCUUGUCAUCUCCCCCCACCCCCGGCUUGCUCUCCCGCCACGCGCCCUGCGUCCUUUUCACGCCCCAAAUAAAUGCUGGGCUGUAAGAAGCAGUGAUUUUCCCAGUGCAGUCCUCUCUGUCAUCAGACUAAAAAUAAUAACAAUAAUUUUUUUAAAGUCCACAUAUCUGUCUUCUUAGUACAGUCUCGUUGUAUGUUUCUAAGUUAACUACUAACAGUACCAGCAACCGAUCACAGCUGUCUGCAUCCUGCCCUCGAUAUUUUCAGUGGGUCCAAAUCUCUGGGUCCUGUGCUCAUUGGGAAAGUGAGUACUUUUUAAUGAAAUUCUGUUUGGAGAGUUUGGAAGAUAAUUACAGAACGUGUUUCAUUUCAUAGGAGUUGCUUUGGAAAAGAAAUCUGGAGGUUCCUUACCCGUCUCAGCUACCAGUUGGGGUCUACAUGAGCAUAUCCAUUCUACUCCGCUCUUGCCAGUAGAGGAGGAGGGGUGCCCUAGUUACAUGCCUUCCCCUGGUCUAAAAGGGAAGACUGACGUUCAAAUUCUGUUUUCAGAACAAAAACAAAAAAACCCAAAAAACUGCCAGCAACAGAAAAGUAGUUGUUCCUCGCAAAGGGUGAGCGCCUUCCCGACUGUGGUUAACGACAGCUGCCCCUGCUGUCACCAGCCCCGUUGCAGGCUCCCAUGCGCUGAGCACUUACAGUUCGCUGCGCCCCGAGUCCCUGCUCGACAGUCAAGGCCCUCGGGCACAGACUCCUCGAGGGGCUGGGCUUAGCGUCUCCCCUUUCAGACCCGAGCGCGUCAGCCACGCCAGUGUGCGGCUGUUUGAAAGAUACCUUUUUCGCUCCAGAGUAGAACAGAAGGUUCAUCUGCCUUUUAGAAGGGAAACGUGAAUUGGGAAAUCACCUGAGAGCCCUUUUGCCUCAACCUUAAUUCCCAGUGCUGGGGUCUUGUCUGGCCUGUCUCCUACCUGCACCUGCCCCCGCAGGCGUCCUGACGGGGCCAGUUUCUCCACUGCCAGACAGAAGACACCUCCGGGACCCUUCUGUGCCAGCGCCUUGUGCCUGCAUGGCCUUGCAUGGCCAAAGAAAGCCGCUGGUUUAUUUCAUUAUUAUUUUUUUUAAUGUUUAUUUAUUUUUGCGCAUGAAAGAGACGGCACAAGCGGGGGAGGGGCAGAGAGAGAAGGAGACAGAGAAUCGGAAGCAGGCUCCAGGCUCCCAGCUGUCAGCACAGAGCCCAACGCAGGGCUCGAACUCACGAACCGCGAGAUCGUGACCUGAGCCGAAGUCAGAUGCCCAACUGACUGAGCCACCCAGGUGCCCCAAGCUGCUGGUUUAGAAGUCUUGGCAUACUUGGCUGUUUCCGAAGGUUUUAAGAGUGUCACAUCAUUCCUAGACGUUUGACCCUUCCUACGUGUGGACCAUUCAAAAGGACGAAAUUCACACAUUUUCUCAUUAUCCAAGGAAGAUAAAGUUGGUAAUAUUUUUAUAAAGUUACAAUGUCUUGAUUUCAUAAAUCAAGGGAAUGAAAAGGGCAACGUCUAAAAACAAAGAUGAUCUUACCUCCAGCUGCUAUACAACAUGUAUGGAAUCCAUGAAAAACUUGAGUGAGUCCAAGGUUAUUUUUUUAAGCCAAAAUACUCUCACUGGUGCAAUCGCUCCUUCAUGGCCUUGGAGGGUCGUGGUUUUUCCUUCUGUCUCAUGUGGAAGUAGGAGUUUUCAGCAAAACUUACAGCAAUUCGCUGGUUCCGUGCUAAUGGAAAUGAUUGGCCAGUUCACUGACAUUACGAUUUCAGGAUCCGUGGGGAAGAAGGGCCAGCCGUGGAGGACAGCAGCCUUCCAGCUCCAGAAAGACCACAGCGACAACACGCAACCAUCUGUUUGAAGCAAGACUGAGCUCGAUUUGUGAUUUGAAAUGCGCCACACGGAUAUCAGAAACCAUCGUGUUAAGGCCCUCACUGGCCAUUAAAAAAUACACCCUUUACCAAUUGACAGCUUUACCUACACGAGAAAAGAUCGAAGAGCGGUUUUUCUCUGAUGAUUUAAAAAAUUUCAUUUCGCAUUUGUAGUUGCACCAGUUCAAUCACAGCAUUUGCCUUUUUGACGGAAUCGACUUCAUGUCAGGAAGAAAACCAGGUUCUCAAAGCUGGACCUCUUUCACGCGAUGCAAAUCUAGAAAACAUACUUUCAAAUGCGCUGGCAUUAAGAUAAGACUUAUCUUGUAAGACUUCAUCACACGUGGGUUUUUUUCUCAGUAGUGUUCAGGGAAGGGUUUCUGGGUCAUCCAGAGACGCAUGAUGAAUGACCUCCUCUCCACCCCUAAGGACUGACACGUUUGUGCCCGGAGAGGAGGUGGGGCUUCACUGGAGUCUGGCAGGUGGUGGCUGGGGGGGCUGUGGGCUGGAGGGGUGAGUGGAUUGGGCGCCGCCCCCCCAGACAAGGGCAGUGGUAGGAAUGGGGCAAAGGAAGGAAGACGUUACCUUGCAGGUCAAAACUCACAACCUUUACACCAAGCACCGUGCAAACGCCCGAGUUAAAGCUGGCUGAUUCUUUCCCUCCUUGAAACAGGAGUUGAAUAGUAAUUAUGGUGAGACACGGCCACUUUAUUUUCAGUUAUGGAGCCUCUGAACUUAUAAAUAGGCCAUUGGCUUUCCAUCAGGACUCUGCACAGCACCCAGAGCUAACACCCUAUUUGGCCAUGCCUUGCUGCUCCCCAGAGGGCCAGACGCAGGGUCUGGGUGGCUGUCCCCAGGGCCAUGUGGCCAGCUGCAGACGUUGUCGCACAUCCAUUGAAGCCACAGGAAGCCUCCCAGAAUAACAGCACCAGACUUGCUGUUUAAGCCAUGCUCACUCCUGGAGGAGCUUGGAUACUGGGUGCCUGGCUGGCUCCGUCGGCAGAGCACGCGACUCUUGAUCUCGGGGUUGCAAGUUCGAGCCCCACGUUGGGUUAGAGAUUACUUAAUAACGAUCCGUAGAGUGAGCUUUUAAUAAUUUAAAUUUGAAAACGUUUUUUCCGAAAGAUCUAACCUGAUUUUCCCUCCCACGAAAAGUUGCCCCGAGAGAUCUGAAUUAAUUACUUGAAUUCAUACAAAUAUGCAUUUUUUCUUUUUACCCAGGCUGCAUUCAAAUAAGUUUUUUCCUGUCGAAUUAAUGAAAGUUGAACUCUAAAAUAAUACGAUUUCCUCAGGUCGUAAUGGACUUUAGAUUUCUUUCACUCUCAAAAACUAAUAGACCUGCUGUUUUACAGCUGAGGGACAGGGAUGCCCCCCCAACCCUGGAAGUGCCCAAUGCCCAGACACUCACUGACGUGGCCGGGGAGCACUGACCAAUAAAUGCAGCACCCCAAAUGUUAAAUUACCUUUAUUUAAACACACACACACACACACACACACACACCAGAAAAUGGAUUAACAGUAUAUGCAUUUCAUCAAAAACCUACAGGAAUAAAAACUGCCUUUUAAGGUUUCAAUAACUCAGCAUUGUUAGAGGAAACUCUCUUAUACCACCAUCUCAAAAUCAUCUCUGAAUAGUGUUAACUCUGCUCCCAUAUUUUAUUUUGUCCUACUAUAAAAUGUCUUUCAUGUAAGGGUAGGGAAUGGAGAAAUAUUUCUAACCGUGCACUUGUAAUUACAAAGGACUUGAAAUUUAAUUUCUUUCUUGUGUCUCAGUUGAUUAACAUUCCAUGCUGUAUAUAUUAUAUGUGGUUUGUAAGCUAAACACUGGCCAUUUUUUAAGUUCUGUUGUUAAAUUGUAUUUUUCUAUGUUUUAAAUGAUUAUGAUAGAUUUGGCUUUUUCUGGGUAACAUAAAGAUUGCUAAACUGCAUAUACAAAUAUAUAUAUAUAUAUAUAUAUAAAAACAGAGUUCUAUUUUAGCACAAAAGCAUUUUAUAUUAUUUAUUGAAUCCUUACGUUUGUUUUCCAUCGAAGCAUUCCUUAUUUCUGCUCCUUUUUAUUUGUAUAGUUUGUUAUUUAAAGAAAAGGCAGUCCUUUCUGUUUCUCGUAAGCUAAAGCGGAAAUAACGCGCGCAGCCACAUGGGGCCAACAGCCGUCCCCACUGCCAUGGACUGUUUUCAACAAAAGCUUAUCGGCUGCUCUGUGCUGAGUAGCGCCUGCGCUUUCUCGAGAACAUCUGACAGCAAACUUGCCAUGAAAUACUGCUUUCACCUACCUCUUCAGAAGCCGUCCUGCUCGUUGACAGGUACCCCACACGCUUUCUUCUAGACUGGCUGCAUCAUAAACGAGUCUCAGUAACACGGUUCGGCGGGAUUCCCUUUUGAUGUCAGUUCUAAAGCCACGGCCUCGUCCUAGCGAGCGGGGCAGGGAGACGUCCCUUCUGUUCCAUCAUCCUUCAGCCCAGAUCGUCAUUUCCUGGUCCGAUUGUGCCGAAUCCCUGCCACCUGUCUUGCUGUCGCCCCGAGAUGCGACUGUUGCACCUGACUUACCAAGCACCGAAGGAAAGGUCCGCCCUCGGCACUCGUUACGAAUGGCCAGCUGUGUUUGAAAACACCACUUCCGAGGAGUUGCACAUUUGAACGUGACUUUCCCCUGCCCCCUCACUGCUUCCAAAUGGUUUGGAAAACGGGAUCAUAAAGGCGAACACCCUCAUCUAGGAUUAAAACUUUUCAAGAGGUUGUAUUUGCAAGGGGUCUUAUUUUCGAGCGGACAGACCGGUUGACAUGAGCUGGAAUGACCGGUCCCUGGGAGAAGGGGUCCCUCCUCAAUGCCGACAUUUCUCUCUGCCUGUCUUCCUUGCUGGGCAGCCACCAACACGGUAACGUAUUUACUGUAUUCUUGGCAAAGUGUCACAUCCCGAAAGAAAGAAAUUCGCUUCCUGUUGUGCGUUGCUCUACAGCCUUAUUGUAAAUCUAGAUACCGUUACCUAUAAAAUCACCAUGUAAUUCCCGUGUGAUCUCUCUUCCCGUUGAUCGUGCCAGUGGAAGUCUAUAGCCCGCCCCCAGUAGACGCCUAACUAGUGCACGUUUCAAGUCCUCUCCCACGUGAGAUGCUGUUCCACGCCUGCGGCCACCCGCCCUGUGCGAGGCACGUGCAGUCCAUUUAAUGAUCACCGGCUUUCACGGUUACUUUGGAGCAGCUAGGCUGGUUUUCCAUGUUGAUAAACUGCUUACCUAAAAUCUCAAUAAAAAGCAUCUGUACAAA